AUGAUGCGCAUUGUGAGCAAACAGGCUCCUCCAGCCAGAAUAAUCUGCUCCCUUCGAGCCAAUCACAAUAUACGCCACCUGCACGAUAAUCUCACCACAGCAAGCCAACCCGACACAUUCACCCUCCUCGACAGACAAAUCCUCCGCCCAGACAGAGCAGAGACAUGUCAAUCCGGCACAGACGACGAAGUUGCGCGUCACAGAUCACCCUACGACCCCACUCUAUCGACGGUGGAAAAAGAAGUCUCCGCUCUACGAGAGGAAUACAAACUAGAAGGAGACCUUCACGAUCCAUUGGCAGUCAGUCCCGCAAAUUUGCAAGUCAGUCAUAUCUUGCAAUUGGAGGAAGAGCGGGCAAUGCCAGGUGGAUGGCACCCAUUGGGUAGUGUCAAGGGUUGGACGAGCAAACACAAAACGGUCCUGCUUCGAACGGAGCCGUAUACUUUUAGAGCGUAUGAGGUCGUAUUUCCUUAUUUUGGGAGAUACAGAAAGGUUUGA